UCCUCCGCUUCGCCUGGAACAUUGGCCCCUUCCUUCCUCUCUUCUCCCAGCGCCCGUCCAUCUCCGGCGAACCCGAUGAGCUCCGGCGACGACUCCCGGAGGCCCAAUCCCCUCCCCUCCGCGCUCGUAUCCAACCUACAGUCCGUGCUCGCCGCCCGCCGUCCGCCCCCGACCGAGGACGCCACCCCCACCGCCGAGACCUCGGCCCCGGCCCCGGCCCCGGCCCCGGCGGCGGCGGAUGACGGCCCCGCCAAGCCCGUCGUGCUCCUGACCUGCGCCGGUGGGAUCCAGUCGCCGGGUCUCGCGGCGCUCGUCGACGCGCUCGUCAAGGGCGGCCGCUGCGACGUCCACGUGUGCGCCCCCGAAUCGGACAAGCCUGUCUGUGGUCACUCCAUUACCAUCCGGGAGACCGUCUCAGCGACAUCCGUCGAUUUCACGGGGGCGAAGGCUUUCGAGAUAUCAGGGACGCCGGUGGAUUGCAUCUCGCUGGGAUUAUCCGGGAGGCUGUUCGCGUGGUCGGCACCUGCUCUGGUGAUCAGCGGCAUCAAUGCUGGGCCAAACUGCGGUUAUGAGAUGUUCCACUCUUCUGCCGUUGCUGCCGCAAGAGAGGCCUUAAUGUGCGGGGUGCCUUCGAUUGCCAUCUCACUGAAUUGGAAGAAGGAUGAAACUAAGGACAGUGACUUCAAGGAUGCAGCUGGGUUGUGCUUGCCAUUGAUACAUGCGGCCUUGGCAGACAUCGAGAAGGGAACUUUCCUCAGCGGGUGCCUGCUGAAUAUUGGGGUUCCGAGCUCGCCAUCUGCGAAUAAGGGUUUCAAGUUGACCAAGCAAAGCAUAUGCAGUCCUGCUCAAAGUUGGCAAGCUGUGUCGUCAAGUAGACCUACACCUGCUUCUCACUUCAUGGGCAUGCAUCAAAGCCUUGGUAUUCAGCUCGCACAGCUUGGGAAGGAUGCUUCUGCAGCAGGAGCUGCACGCAGAGGUAAUACCCAGCGGAAGACAGUUGAGGUCGAGUCUGUUGCAGCUGCAGGGAAACCAGCGACUAGAGAAGUAGUGAAGAAAUCCUUCCGUGCUGAGUUCGUCGAGAAGCUGCAUGAAGGUCUGGAUGAGGAUAUUGAUUUGAGAGCUUUGGAAAAUGGAUUUAUAUCUGUCACUCCUCUGAGUAUACAUGGCCGUGUGGAGCCUGAACUUGAAACUCCAGCUUCGGACUGGCUGUCAGCAGCUUUGGCUGCUACGGAUGUAGCCGAAGAAAAGGAAAGUCCAGCUACCUAACAAGCACGCUUGUACACUCUGUAGGUGCUUUAGUCCUUGCCUUGGUGUCUAUCUUCUCUCACCCUGCUUUAUUGGCUUGAUUCUUGUCUUCUGCAUUCCAUGUUUGUUCAGUUCGGUCUUUAUUUUUGUUCGUCUUCUCUGACGAUUGCCGGUUUUCUUCGUCUUGUAAAAUGAAUUGAUGCUGAAGCCCCUAUGGUUUAGGAAGUAACCAUGUAGGCCAUCAUUGCAUCUACCUGACGAAUACUGCCAGCCUCACUAUUUUUUCAGUGUGGUUUGUUUUGGAAAGGUGUUGUACUUGUGUUCAGUGUUCACCACCAGAUGAAUGUGAUUGGAGUUUUGUUU